AACGAAAACACAGUGACAGAAAUGUCAGAAAUAUGAGGCUGUCACGUGAUUAAGGAAUGACUUGAACCCGAAGACUUUCAGACAAGAGAUGAAGUCAGCUGAUUACAGACUGAAGACCCAGUGCUUCGACAAGUGUACACCACUGAACGAAUGGUCGACAUCCGGCGUAGUACACUAUAUAGGGAAUAUGGAGCGAUUUUACACUCCGCCCGCUGCUAUGGCAGAGAAAGGAAGUACAACGUAGGAAUCAGGAAGGAGUCAGGGAGACAUUUUUAAAAGACCACCAUGAAGAACAACAGAACAGACACCUAAAUGAAAAACAAGGGAGUCAUCUAUCACAAGAAAAAAAAAGAAAAAACAGUUGUGGAACAUCCAGAGAAACGUAUGGUGAAUAUGGAGGUUCCUUCCUACCUUUCCCGGCUCUUGUCUGAGCUGAAUGAGCAGCGUAAGAGGGACUUCUUCUGUGACUGCAGCAUCAUAGUAGAGGGACGUGUUUUUAAAGCACAUCGUAAUAUUCUCUUCGCCAGCAGUGGUUAUUUUCGGGCACUGCUGGUGCAUUACCUGCAGGACAAUAGCCAGCGACACUGCACGGCCUCUCUGGACAUCGUCACAGCUGAGGCAUUCUCCUUCAUCCUAGACUUUCUGUAUUCGGGUCGCCUGGACCUGCGCAGCGACAAUGUCAUUGAAAUAAUGUCAGCUGCGAGCUACCUUCAGAUGACUGACGUGGUGAACUUUUGCAAGGGCUACAUCAAAUCCUCCCUGGAGAUCUGUAACAGGGAGAGGAAUAGGCAUAAGGACUUGGAUAAUAGAGAAAACCCAGUUUCAGCCAAUAGUGCUCCUGUGGCAUCCACUUCUGAUGCCGACCAAAGGACCUGUCAGGUCACAGAGUCCCUCAGCCCCGAUGACGCCCCAACAGCUGCUGUCUGCACCCCAGUGGCCACCAGUAGUAAAGACUCCGAAGGCGAAAACUCCCAAGGAGCUUUUUCCAACCAUCCUCCCAUGAACGUUUCACUGAAGAUCAGUCCAGGCCCAGAUUUAGUCAACUCAUCCACCCCAGGUUUGCUUCUAGGUUUGGUGCAUCCCAAAAUAGAGUAUGACCCUGAUGAGGAGGGCGAAUCUUCACGGGAAUCCAAAGACACAACUCUUUAUCAAGGCCCAAAUCAGGACGAGGAGAGAACUGUUAACACUAGCCCGGCUCCAAGUACUGAGCAUUCCUCCGUAUCAUUUGCUAACUGUCCGAUGAAGCCGUUUCCAGAUGUGCUAUUCAGAGCAGGGUUAAACCCAAACCCAAGUGAACACUUUUCGCAGAGUUUGGGGUACGUUGGUGGAUUGGGCCGUGGCGAAGAUGUGCUCGGUCCUGCGGUGCCUUGUGGGAUGGAGAUUCAGAAUGACUGGUACGGAGAUGAUCCAGGGAGGCUGCACAAAUGUCCAUUCUGCCCAUACACAGCCAAACAGAAGGGCAUUUUGAAGAGGCACAUCCGCUGCCACACAGGAGAAAGGCCAUAUCCUUGUGAGGUCUGCGGCAAACGGUUCACGCGACAAGAACAUUUGCGCACUCAUGCCAUUUCCGUCCAUCGCUCCACCUGGCCCAUUGUGUGCAAAGGCUGUCGUCAAGUGUUCUCAGGCAUUGUGUCCCAGGGAAUGAAGCGAUUUGGACUUUGUGAUGGCUGCACCUUUGUUACUACAACCAAUGAGGAUCCCUCCUCAAUGAACCUCAGUAUCCAGUCUGAAUCUAUGGAGAAGAGCACUAGAGACUCUGACUGGCCUGUGUUUAUGGUGGAAGGAGUUGAAGCGGAGGCGAGCGCUAGUUCUGCUGGACAAGACGAUAAACAGAAUGUUGCAAAGCAGCUUGCAGAAAAUGGCACUCUGUUGUAGAUUCAUUUUCACAGUUUCAAAUGAAUGCUUACUAAAUGAAUGGACUUCGGAGCAUGAAAAGACUGAGGGAGGGUGUGUUCAAUAUUCUACCGGUUACAACCUACCACCUUAGUCACUUCCUCAUAUUAUUUGUGGUUAGAAAAGGCGGUUAAUUAUUUAGGGCAAUUAAAAGGGGUCAUAUGAUGAACACUCCUUUCUAUUUGGAGUGUUACAAGCUCUUGGUGCAUAAAGAAGGUCUGUAAAGUUGCGAAGACUAAAGUUUCAAAUCCAAAGAGAUCUUCUUUAUAAAAGUUCAGAGUCAACCAGGGCCUCCUUAACGACUCGUACUAACAUGCCCCCACAUGUCUACAUCACAGUGUGGGAAGAUUUGCAUAAUGCCGCCCAUAUGUUCACGCAAAGAAAGAUUUAUUCUCGCUGUUGCCGCCGGAGCCAUGUCAUGGAGAUGCUGUGUGUUUCCUUGUGAAAGCGAAAAUACUUUGUUUGGCCUUCCAAAAGAGGACACAACUAGAAAUCAGUGCUUAAGUUGUAUUUACGACACUGUUCCAGAACAGUUCAACACAAAUAUUCAGAUGUGUGCAGCACAUUUUGCGGACGACAGUAUACAAUGCCUGUGUCUGUUUCUAUAAAGUGGGGCAGUUCCAACUUGGCAAGGACAGUCUGGCGCUUCUGACACACUGUCUGGAAGUACGUUUUCAUGUUUAAAGAAUGUGCCACUGAUGAUUCAAAUGCAAGUUAUGAGCAGUGCAGAGUAGCGUUUGUUGUUUUUCUUAUCACAAAUGCAGAUGGUGUUUUAUGUUUACACAGCUUUAUACGCAACGUGUAAAAGAGUCAUUAUAAAUAGUAAUUAUGACCCCAAUCAAUGCAACAAAUGCCUCGUUUGUAAUGGGUUUUAUUACUUUUGUCUCAUUGCGCCUCACAUCAAAGUGUUAAGGGGCGUAACAUUUCCAUAACACAUUUCAGGCGUUCAACCAAUCACAACACACUGGAUAGCUGGCCAAUUAAAGCACACCUUGCUUUUCAGACCUAUGAGCUUUGUAAAAAUCGACACGUUUCAGAAAGGCAGGGCAAAGAGGAGAAACAAUAAUGUACAGUUUGUGGAAAAUAAUGUUUAUUUUAACCUUAAACCACAAACACACAAAAAAAUAUUUUUAGCAACAUCAUAUGACCCCUUUAAAGCAUUAAUUUGUAUUGGAAAACUUACACAGCUGGGAAAGCUGUCAAACAUUAUAUUUGGGUUUAGUACAAAUCUGCACUGGCUAAUUAUGGAUUAUGAACCUAAUUUGCUGUAUGACAAUGAGGGCACCACAUUUUUUUAUGUGUUGUAGCAGUUGUGUGAAUAAAUGCUUUAAAAUGAAUUGCCUUAAACACAUUCAGGGAA